CCGCAUCCCCCCCGCGAGUGAACCCUACCCCACCCGCCCACUCCCCGAGACCGCGGAUGGCGCCCCCGCCGCCGGCGGCCGCGGGGGAGGCGGAGGACUUCCUGGAGGUGCGGUGCGCCGGGUGCGGGGAGACGCUGGAGGUGGAGCGCGGGCUGGCGGAGUUCGCCUGCCCGGACUGCGCCACGCCGCAGGCGCUCCCGCCGGAGCUCAUGCCGCCGCCGCCGCCGAGGCGCCGCCGCGCGCUGCCCCUGCCCCCUUCCGCGCCGGAGGCCCCCGCUCCCGCGGGCGCGAGGCUGCCGUGCGGGUCCUGCGGGGCGAUGCUCGGCGUGCCGCCGGGGCUCGCGCGCUGCGGCUGCCCAGUCUGCGGCGCCGAGCUCGCCGUCGACCCUGCGCGCCUCCGCCGGUACCUUCUGUCCGCCGCCGCCGCGCCGCUCGUUCCGGUCUCGCUGCCGCCGGUCUUCCGGGCCCUGGAGGGACGGCAAGACUAUCCUGAUUCUACAGUUGGUGUGGGACAUAUUCAAGGGCAUCCAAAUAAUCAACUGCGCCAUUUAGAGCGAUCACAGGCCAUACGUCAAAAUACGCAGGCAUUUGUGGAGUUUCCUGAUGCUGGCACUGAUAGUGAUGAUAUAGAUACUGAAAUGUCAAAUGAGAUUAAUGAAAUGCCCUGCCAUAGGAAUGGAUUCCCGGCUGCUGAUAGAUCUGUUGGUGCAAAGGGGAGACAACUGGAAACUUUGAAUCAUGUCACAUGUCAGGCACAUGCGCAGCAAUCCCAUCAUUCAGUUCAUGCAGAACAUCCUUCAGACCAUAUAAUUCAUGUCAGGGAGGCACAAAAUGAGUCUGCUAGUCAUGCAAUGCACAGAGGUCUGGGGCACGUUGAGCUGGUUAAGGAGAAAACUGUUGUAAGGCACACCAAUCAGGUAACUGGUACUGCUACUGGCCCCAAGUCUGUAAGUGUGCAGAAGAGGCAGGCUCAAACACCGAAACAGAUCACACGGGACAGACAGCAAAAGACCAGACCUCCUAAACUACUUAGUCCUACUGAACACGACCCAGAACACUCCAAUGAUAAUAUUCAGGUAGAGCAGGAUGAAGCUGACAUGGGCCAGGUGACUGCAAGAUUGGCUCAUAAGAGCACAAAGAGGGAUUUGACAUCUUCAAAUAAAGGGUUUGGUCAUAGGCGUAGUAAGCGUUUGGCCAAACAAUCAGCAGCCACUGCAUACUACGAAUCUCCUACAAACGAAUCUGAGGAAAAUGAGGCUGUUUCUCCAAGUCACACUAUAUCUGAUUCUCAAGACAUUGACGGAGUCAGCAAUGAUAUUUCCUCUAGUUCAUUGCCUCAGCACAACAUGCCUCAUAGAAGAUCCAAUGAGGCCGACGAUCUGCAUGCUACAACACAGUCAGCUUCAAUUCCUGAUAUGUCUGAUCCUGAAAGUUUUGCAUGUUAUUACAGUAAAACAUGCCCUCCAGAGGUUAGAAGAGCUCUUGAAAGGAAUCCUAAUUUCGGGCAUGCUGGUGGCAAGGAAAAGAGAAAACGCGGCGGCCGUGGUCCUACACUCUGCCUUAAAGUCUGGACCAUGCCUGAGGGUGUAAGGAUUCGAGUGCCCUUCAAUGAUCUAGGCCAACCUAUCGGAGACGAAGCAGGCACGUUGAGUAGCUUUCUGGGACAAAUCGCACGUGAUGGAACAGUGGCACCUCUGACGUAUACAGAUUGGAGGUAUUUUCCGGAGAAAAACAAGAAAGCAAUUAUGCAUUUAGUUAAUCUCAAGUUUGUGCUCCCUCCAAUUGGUCAAAUCUGGUCUAUGAAUGCUUUGGGAAAAAAGUGGAAGGACUGGAAAGUUGUCUUAAAACAUGAACGAUAUGAUUUCCAUGAGACAGAUGAGGAACGUCUUGCCAAUCGAGAUUUCCGUGUCCCAGAAGAACAAUGGAAACUCCUUGUGGCGUAUUGGGGCACUGAGAAGGCCAAGGCUGCAAGUGCUCGAUGUAAAGCUUCUCAAGAAGAACAUCCUCGUGAUAGGCAUCAUAGAACUGGAUCAAAGAGUUAUGCACGGAUACGUGAGGAAGAGAGGCAGAAGCGACCAAACAUGGUUGAACCAAGCCUCACAGAUGUAUCCAUACUGACUCAUACUCCCAAAGAUGGUGGCUCUGCCGAAGUCAUCGGUCCAGACCAGUGAACUUAUGGACGUGUGCUCUUUACCAGUGAGCUUUGUGGAAAGGCUCCGUCAUUUGAGUCUCCAACAAUUAUUCCAAUAAUUACAUAUCCGAUUUGCCCUGCGGGUGCUAAGGUGUCUCAGGCAAGCUCAAGAGGCUGAACUAAAGGCUUAGGAUCCAGACGCGCUUUGGAAGAAGAUGCUGGAAGUGGAAGAAAAUUACAGGAAGCCAAUGGAAAUAUUACCUAGAACUGACGAAGAACUGAAAGCACCAAGACGGGACUUAAACCUUUGCUUUGUUUUGUUGCUUCCCUCUACCAGGGACCCCAGCAUUACGAUGGCUGACUGUGAUUUGUAUCUUGGGACUAAGGAUCGUAUAGAUGUGGCUUCCUGAACAUCCAGGGUAGGCUCUAUGCAAUGUUCACUAGCUAGAUAAUACUACUGAAUAUCUAACGUGUACUGCCUCUGCAGUUAUGCACUCUUGUUAACUUGUUAUUUUGUGCAAACUGCAAGGUUCCAAAAAUAUUAGGCUGUUUCUAGA